AAAGAAAUUAAAAUGGGGCGGCAAAAUUAGUGAAUCGUUAAUGAACAAAAUUGCAACCUUUUUUCAGCUCCAAUAAAUAGGCUACAACCCCAUCACUUCAAGAACCCAUCAGUUGCAACUUCAGUACCAUCUUUCUCUCACUAAAACUUGUGCUUUCUCUCUCUAAAAUACAUAAAAUUUCCAAUAAAUUUCAUUUUUAUUUUUGUAAAAAAGUUAAGAAAUGGCAAAGGAUAUUGAAGUAGGAGGAGAUCACAGAAGAGAGUUAGCAAAAGACUAUCAAGACCCACCACCAUCACCAUUGUUUGAUGCAGAAGAGUUGGGUAAAUGGUCAUUUUACAGGGCUUUGAUUGCUGAGUUUAUUGCAACAAUGUUAUUUUUGUACAUCACAGUUUUGACUGUGAUUGGGCAUAAGAGUCAGAAUGCUGCUGAUCAAUGUGGUGGUGUUGGUAUUCUUGGCAUUGCUUGGGCUUUUGGUGGCAUGAUCUUUGUCCUUGUUUACUGCACUGCUGGUAUUUCUGGUGGACACAUUAACCCAGCAGUGACUUUUGGGUUGUUGUUGGCCAGAAAACUAUCACUAGUGAGAGCCGUUCUAUACAUGGUGGCUCAAUGCUUGGGAGCCAUUUGCGGUGUUGGACUAGUCAAGGCCUUCCAAAAAUCAUACUACACUCAGUAUGGAGGUGGUGCCAACACUCUAUCCGACGGCUACAGCAAGGGAACCGGAUUGGCUGCUGAAAUCAUCGGUACAUUCGUUCUUGUCUACACGGUCUUCUCCGCCACUGACCCUAAGCGCAGUGCUAGAGAUUCCCAUGUUCCUGUUUUGGCACCACUCCCAAUUGGAUUUGCAGUGUUCAUGGUUCACUUAGCCACCAUCCCAGUUACUGGCACUGGUAUCAACCCUGCUAGAAGUUUUGGUGCCGCUGUCAUCUUCAAUGGCAAACAAGCGUGGGAUGAUCAAUGGAUUUUCUGGGUCGGACCAAUGAUCGGGGCUGCCAUUGCUGCCAUCUAUCACCAGUAUAUCUUGAGAGCUGGUUUUGUCAAGGCUCUAGGAUCAUUCAGGAGCUCCUCCAAUAUGUGAUCAUCAAACUUUCUCAUAUUCGAAAUUCCUCAUCAAAAGCAUGGUUUUUGGCUAUAAUGAGGAUUGUUUGGUGUGCUUAAGCUCUUCCAUUUAUGCCUAAAGAGAGGUGUUGAGUUACCCAAAAGUUGUAUAUAAGAUUUUAAUUUUCAUUUUGGUUGGAAGAGCAAGUCAUUGUUUGUGUCUAGGCAUUACUUUCAGUGGAUGCCAUUUUCUAUUUGCUUUUUUAUUAUUAUAUUUUUAUCUUUUCACUUCCACUGUUGUACUCUGGUUUCUACUUAAUUAUGAAUAAAUGUUUGAAGUUUAUCUUUAGUAA